UCGCAUCAGUGCAAGUCAAGGCACAUAGCGCAAACCACUGCCUGGAGGUAAAGACGCAGCGCGCAACCCGCCGGCGAAGAAGCUUCUCCAAGGCGUCCGAUGAUCUGUGAAUGCAAGGGCAACCCCAUCGACAAUCGUACCUGUUUGUGCGUGUGCGUGAACAAGCACUGUGAGUCCCUACUUUGGAUCAAGAAGCAACCCGGGUCAGUGCGCGCCGCAAGAGCGCAAAAGAGAGCCGGCGAGAGCCAAGAGCUCUCUCCUGUGGACUAUCUAUCACACGAUGAGGAAUCUGUGAACUGGCAGUAACACAACUCCUGCGGCCACUUGAAGCUUCCCUUGGCUGCUUCCAAAGUCUUUGCCCAUGAGCAGGUAUCCUUUCGAAUGUGAUUCCGUUUUCACCCAGAAUUCUGCUGGCUGGACAAAUGCAUACAAAUGCAUUUAGGAGCUCAUCGGACAAGGAGUGGACACGUUUCCGCGGCAGCAACGUGGAACUUUCUUCUGCUCCUGUCAGUAUGUUCCGCAGCACUCUCUGGAGAAGAAGACUACCUAGCUCAAGGAGUGGAUAUCCUCUAUCAACUCGGGCUCACAGUUCAGAGUAUAACAGACCACCCAUACGAAAAAGCUGGCAAAACUUCAACCACAUAUACCACUGUUCCCUCAACUAUAAAUCUCUCAUUUUCUGGGCAUGGGGUAAUACUAGACUCCAACUCUGUUUAUGAGGCUCCUGUGGUCAGUCUCUUUCCUCCAGACUUUGGUGAGGAGUUUUCUGUUAUUAUAAGUGUAAGCUCCUGCCGGGCAAAGAACACUUUUAUUUUCAGUAUCAAAGAUGGCAGAGACAGACUGCGGUUUGGGAUUCAGCUUCAGCCCCGCAGAGUGGUGGUCUACACAUCAGAGAAAGCUGCCAUAUACUUUACCUACAACUGGCAUGAUGGGCUUCAGCACCCUUUUGCUAUUGGUGUUCGUGCACGAUCGCUGUCCUUCUAUUCAGAAUGUGGUGCAGUACACCAGCGGGAGCAAACCCUGGAGAGGUCUCAGACACUUAGGAAUUCUGGUGGCCAAUUCACCUUGGGGAGACUGAACCAUAAAGCUGCACCAUUCAGUGGGCGGAUUUGCCAAUUAGACAUAUAUCCCUCGGCCCAAGCUGCUGCACACUAUUGCAACUACCUUAAAAAACAGUGCCGGCUGGCCGACACAUACCGAUCGUCUUUGCCAUAUCCUGAUUUCACUAUCGAGGCAAAAGAUAUCCCCUUUAAUACGGUAACAACGUCCUCUCUUGAAACAGCAAAUAUUCAUCAAAUGCAAUUGAAUUCCAAGGGGACAGUGGCCUCUGACAGUGUGCUCAAAUAUUAUUCAACCUCAAACCCAAUACCAGAAGUUCAUCUUGAAGACCAGAGCCACGUUUCUGCAUUUGUAACCCUUGUGAAGUCUACCGAUCAUGCUAACAAAGAAAAUUCAGCUACUCACAGUGGGCAACCAUCUCUGGAUUUCAUAACAACUGAAACCACAUCCACAAACAUGUUGGUAAAAGGACCGAGACGCCAAGGGGAAGGACUCUGGAACACUUCCAUAACCAAGUCCGGGGACUCCUGUUUUGGUCUUCAAGAGAGUCAGCAGCAACUGGAGAAUGAUCCAAUGGCUGGUGACACCAUGUUUUAUCAUAAAAAUAAUGUAGACUCCUUAGAGCAACUUCAACUGGAUGGGAGCUAUGAUGACCACGACGUGGGUGGAUAUGAUUAUGGGUAUGAAGAGAAAGACCAAUUGUAUGAUUAUGAAGAUGGCUGGCGUGGCCCCAAAGGAGAGCCGGGUCUUUCGGGUCCUCCUGGUCCCCCUGGUUUACCUGGUCCUCAAGGAGCAAGAGGCUCUCGGGGUCCCAAUGGUUCACCAGGAAAGCCAGGAAUAGUAGGACCUCCAGGACCCAAGGGUGCAAAGGGAGACCCAGGGCUAUCUCCAGGUCAAGCUUCACCAGGACAAAGGGGUGAUAAAGGUCCACCAGGUCUUGUUGGUUCGGAAGGAUUUCCAGGUUUGCAGGGUCCAAGAGGCUAUCCAGGACCACCCGGGCUGCCAGGAGAACAAGGCAUACCAGGACUUCCUGGGGAAGCUGGGUCUGCAGGUUACCCUGGCAGGCAGGGUGCUGCUGGCCCAGAAGGUAACCCGGGGCCCAAGGGUAUUCGUGGUUUCAUUGGACUCCCUGGCAUAGCUGGGCCACCAGGACUGGAAGGUGAAAAAGGCAUACAUGGUCCUUCUGGUAAACCUGGUACUAAAGGAAGACAGGGUAGGGUUGGUGACAUCGGUGAACGGGGGCCAACUGGUCCUGAUGGCAGUGAGGGACCCUUUGGCGGUACUGGUAUUGCCGGCUUUCCGGGCCUAAGGGGGGACCUGGGCCCUGAGGGUCCUCGAGGACUGCCUGGUAUGGUGGGAUCGAAGGGACCAGCCGGACGAGCUGGCCUGCCUGGAUUGAAAGGUGAUAAGGGUGAAGUGGGACAACAGGGUGAACCAGGAGAGAUUGGUUACCAUGGUGAUAAGGGUGUUCCUGGUGUAUCUGGUCCUCCUGGUACAAAAGGAAAACCUGGACCACCGGGUCGAACUGGAGAAAUUGGGCUACAAGGUCCACCAGGCCCUCCCGGACCAGAGGGAUUUCCAGGAGACAUUGGUGUGCCUGGACCAAAUGGGACUCCUGGACCAAAGGGUUUGCAAGGUGCUAGGGGUGUCCAAGGCCCAGUAGGACCAAAAGGAACACAGGGUGAAGAGGGUCCACUUGGCCCAUCUGGAAAUGCUGGUCCAAAUGGGCGACCUGGAAGGAAAGGCUAUAUUGGUGAACCUGGACCAGAUGGGUUGCUGGGAGAGAAAGGGGACAUUGGAAAUGUUGGAAAAAUCGGACCACAAGGUCCUGUCGGCCUCAUAGGGACAGCUGGUGUGAUUGGAGGUCCCGGUGAAAAGGGUGACCGUGGACCUACAGGUUCAAUAGGUCCAGCAGGAGAGAAAGGGCCACGAGGAUAUCCUGGGUUACCUGGAAAUCCUGGAGACAUUGGAAUGCAAGGUACACCUGGACUACAGGGGGAGAGAGGGAGUCCCGGCAGUGCCGGUGCAAAGGGCCGUAGGGGGCCUCGAGGUCCUGAUGGCCCACUGGGAGAAUCGGGCCCCCAGGGCACCAAGGGGGAAAUUGGUGAUAUUGGGAUAAACGGAGAACCAGGUUUCAUAGGCAAAGUUGGCGUUCCAGGAGAGAGAGGGCUCCCUGGGAAGCCUGGUAAACCAGGUAUUCCAGGAACUACAGGGGAGAGGGGGCCCCAUGGUGAUGCUGGACCCAGAGGACCUCCUGGAGAGGCAGGACCUGAUGGAGAGCAAGGACCUGAUGGUGGACCUGGUGUAGAAGGGGAACCAGGUGCAAUUGGAGAGCCAGGAUUAAAGGGUGAUGUCGGACCUGCAGGAGCCGAAGGGGAGCAGGGACAAGAGGGAAUUAGAGGCCCUUCUGGUCCACCUGGUGAAGAGGGUCAACAAGCCAAAGAUGGAUCCAAGGGUGAGCCUGGUGAGUCAGGUCCAGCAGGAGAGCCAGGGGACAAAGGGAUGGAAGGAGACCCUGGAUCUGCAGGGCCACCUGGACAACCUGGGAAGCAGGGCUUCCGUGGGCCAGAAGGAAAACCAGGGUUACCGGGACACAGGGGACGCAGCGGAAAGAAGGGUGAACGAGGUCCCUCUGGUCUUGUUGGUGAACCUGGCGACCGUGGAGACUUUGGCCCACCAGGCGAGGGGGCACCAAAAGGUGCCAGAGGAACUCGAGGACCUCCAGGUCGGCCUGGGAUCAUGGGUAUGGAGGGGCAACCGGGAUUGGCAGGAUACACAGGUCAUCGUGGCAAGCAGGGGCCCAUUGGACCCCCAGGGCCGAAAGGGGAAAAGGGUUAUCCAGGCGAGGACAACAAGACCCCAGGACCACCAGGGCCCUUAGGUGAACCAGGGAGACCAGGAGAGCGGGGAGAUCGUGGAGAACCAGGAGAUGAAGGAUAUCAGGGACACAUCGGCACCACUGGACUACGUGGUGCUGUAGGACCACCAGGUCUACCCGGAUCUCCAGGUAUGCCAGGAAAUCCAGGCCCAAAAGGAGAAAUGGGUGCUCUGGGCUCAGCAGGACUCAAAGGUUCAAGAGGGUUGACUGGAGCUCCUGGAGUAGAAGGGCCAUAUGGUUUACCUGGAACUAAAGGCAUAAAGGGUUACCCCGGUCCUGAUGGUCCUUCAGGAAUCAUUGGUUUACCGGGAUUACCUGGAAAACGAGGACGACAGGGCCAGCGAGGCCUGGUGGGACCGAUGGGUCCUGCUGGACGUCCAGGUCCUUGGGGGAGUGUUGGACUCCCAGGACCACCUGGAGAACUCGGACCGCCUGGUCAGAAGGGUGAGGUUGGCCUGCCAGGAGAUCGGGGAUCAUCAGGCCUCAGAGGGAUGGAGGGGACUACAGGUGACCAGGGCAUGAAGGGUGAGACAGGAACCAAAGGGCAACCAGGGGAACCAGGUCAUCGAGGGAUGCUUGGUUUGCAGGGCUUUCCAGGUCCAAAGGGUCCAAAUGGUGAUGUGGGACUGAAAGGUGUCCUUGGUACCAAGGGCCCAAUGGGAAAUCUGGGUUUCACUGGACCAGUGGGGCCUGAAGGAAAGAUGGGCCCAAUGGGAAAACCUGGCCCACGGGGCCCAAGAGGAAGCAGUGGUGAAAUGGGGCCCCAAGGACCACAUGGAAGUCCAGGACCCAGAGGUCCCCCUGGUGCUCCAGGUCCUACAAUGCAACUACUACACGAUGACUCAGAAUUCGACAGCAUGUCUGACUCUAAAGCCGUCCUCGGAAAAGAGAGUUUUCUAGACACCGAGGUGAACAUGCCAGACCAGAAUUCUGAGAUUUUUAAGGCUUUGCAUUACCUGAGCAGCAUUAUUGAGAAUAUCAAAAAGCCUCUGGGAACAAGAGAGAACCCCACUCGUGUCUGUAAAGACCUGCUGGACUGUCAUCACAAGCUAAAAGAUGGUUGGUUCUGGAUUGAUCCAAACCUUGGCUGCACUUCAGAUGCUUUCCAGGUUUUUUGCAACUUCACUGCAGGGGGUCAGACCUGUUUACAUCCACUGGCUGUUAAUAAGAUGGUGUUUGGUGUAGGGAAAGUCCAAAUGAAGUUUCUUCAUUUAUUGAGCACUGAGGCCAGUCAUACUAUUGCACUCCAUUGCUUAACGGAUCAUUCCAACACCGCCGCAGACGGCUUCAGGUCUCCUGGGCACACACCAAAAGAGAGCAACAGUCUUCGGUUUCGAGGCUGGAACAAUCAAAUAUUUGAAACCGACACACUACUUGAACCAUAUGUGUUACAAGAUGGGUGCAAGAUCCAAGAUGGCAGCUGGCAUCAGUCACAUUUCUUCUUCCAUACUCAGGAGAGUCACCAACUACCUAUUGUAGACAUCGAGGAAAUUACGGAACCACAUCGCAUUGUGCAGCAACACGUUGAAGUUGGUCCUGUCUGCUUCCUUUGAAGCUAAAAUUAUCAUCCUCUGCCCCAUCACAUUAUACUGUAGUCCUUGAUUGGCUAGUUGUCUACGAAAUGCUUUCCGCAAAAGAUUGUAUGGGGGGGAAAUGUGCCUAUAUUUGGAUAGUGACAGAUUUUGAUAGACCCACUUAAUAUACACUUGUAUGGGCCACCUGACAGAUAAAAGUAGCUGUAUUUAUCAUAUUAAUCAAAUGGUGCUCAUGGUGGCUGAAUAUGUGGAUGUGUAUAGCCCCUUGAUCACUGGGUUGUGCCUAACUAUGCCAAUCAAACCCCAACAGACACCUCCCCUUACCACACACACCCAGACCAUUCUGUACAGAUGCCCAACAAAGAAGUCUGUAAGCCCUCUAAAUCGUAGCACUGUAUAACUAUAGAUCUAUAUGAGUGCAAUACCAUGUGGAUGUUAUGUAUGAUAUCACUUCAAAGGCUAAAAUAACAUUAUCAUGAUAUUUUAUUUUUAGUCCUACACAGUCAGACCUACUCAUCUUUACAGAUGAUGCUCUACCUCUACCUUGCUUUCGAGAAUGGUUGCUUUUUAGUUUAAUCUUUCUUGGCUCUGUGUAUGUACUGGUUACAUCAAGGUUUAUUGUGCUGUAAAAGUACUUUAGUUGAGUUUGUCCCUUUUAAUUUAUGAACUGUUCUAUUUAGUGCGCUACAUAUUAUUGUAUUUUUGCUUAAAUGUGGUAGAUUCUUCAGAGGGAAUCUUAUCAUUGGUGCUGCAACAAAGAAUGAGUCAUCAGUCGGUUUUUGCAUUUCCUGUGUAUAUUUUGCCAUCAUACUGUAUGUUUAUUUAUAUCCCAUUUUGUUUUGUUUUCCACAUUACUGUCCAACAGUAAGUUAUACUCUCAGAGAACUAUUGGUUCCCACACUAAAAGAGAAGUAUUUAUAUUUUCAUGGUGUUCUUCUUUCUUCACACCUGCAACUGUAUGUUUAUCACACUGUUACUUCGGUUUAUUCAGUAGACUGGCAGCUACAAUGGGCCAGAGUCAGAAAUUCAAACAUAUCCGUCAUAUUCUUAACUUAUAAUACUUAAUGUACGUGUUUUUAUGUAAACAUAUAUAAUUAUGGAUGAAAACUAGAUGGGUGCAUAUGUGUAAAUAAUAAAUAUGAUGACAA